UGUGCCACGGAUUUCACAUAUUACGUCCGUGAAUUUUAAAUACGCAUGCUGAUACCAAGAACCCGCUUAUUUUUGAAUGGAGGAAAACGUUAUUUUAGAUUUUGUGAGAAAAUAAGUCCAGGACUACAACUGCGCAUCGGGGGAAGUGACGUAAUCGAACCAAACGCAUAGGUGCUGCUGCGUAUAGAUAUGUAUAUUAACACCAGAUCACGAAAGCGGGACUUGAGGGCGUAGUUAAACGGCGGCCAUCUUACCUCAGACAACAGGCCCCUCCGCUCUCAAUGGUAGCAGCUGAAAGGUGAGUGAUCAGCUUAAACAAAAACACCCUUAACUCGAUGAAAUAUUAACGGAUUUACAAGCGGUUUGCUUUAUUACAAACCUUAGAAGACUUGGGCUUGAGACAGCAUACUUGCACAUGUUGAAAGUAACGCUUUUGUUUUUGAAAAUGGCUUAAUUGUGAACCAUGUGUCCCGGCUAUCUGCAUGUUAUUCAGGUUGAGACAGGGUCCGAAAUUAUUUUUUUUUACUCACAGGCCAAGUUGGCUGGUAGAUGAUGAAAAUCUACCGGCCAAGCAUAUUUUUUACCGGCCAAAAUUCUAAAUGAUUUAGAUCUACCUAAAGCAUGUAAUUCUGUAUUAUGUUGAUUCCAAACAGAGUGACAAAAUAAUUAAAACAUCAAUUAAUAAGAAAAACAACUCUUGUCAUUUUUACUAUUUAUUUAUUUUUAGAGAUGUUUUUAUGAACUCUUUCAUUGAAAUCUAGUCAGACUCCUUGUUUUCUCUGUCCAUGAAGUCUGGCCUGCGUCCGACACUGUCUUUGUGCCAAAGCAUUACAGCCUCAUUUGGGUCAUAGCCCUUGAUCUCUGGAAAACACAGCUAGCCUAGUGAACUAGACCAAAUUCUUGCUUUGCAAAGUUUGCAACGUUUAUAUAUACAUCUAUGCUGCUGCAUGCAGAUCGCCGGCAGCGUCAUUUGGAAUUCUAGGAUGUCCAAGGAACGUCCCGCCUUUCUCGCCUCUGAUUGGCUGGAAGGGCUCUACUACGAUUGGCUAUUUCGGUAAGAGAAAACGGGUUUAACUUUUUUUUAUUUAUUUUUUUUACUUUAUUUAACAAAGUGCAAGUAUACAUCAAGAGAACACAAGCAAUAUACAUACAGAAGAAUAUAUUUAACAGAACAUUCAGCCAGGGGGAUUAAUUAUACAAAUAUAUGUAAAAAUCUACAAAUAUCAAUUUUUUGAGAGCCAUUUUUUUAACAUAUUGAGAAAUUAGAUUUAUAUAUAGUUCUACGUCUUUAAGAAAAUACGGAAAAUAUGGCAUCUCGCUGACGUCGUUAGGUCCGUUUUACCCCCUAAAAUAAUCACAAGCCCCCCUAUCAUUUUGGUUUAUUUUAUUUGAUUUUUUUUCAGUUAACUUUUUUUUAUUUGUUCACAUCUACAUGCUCAACACAAUCACGACAUGUGUAGUUGGUACAUGAGUUUUUUAGUCUGAAACAGAAAUAAUAAUUAAUGAAUAUAGAACUACACCGUCGCACACAGGAAGUAUCAAGAAAGAACUUCCUCCACUUCCCGCAGCUUUGUUGACAAGUCAGGGGGCGGGGCCAGCACACCGUUAAUAUUUCAAGGUUAUAGUUCAGACUUCAGAGAGAGGAAAAUGCUACCGCACCGACAUGCUAAUGCUAACUCCGCUAGCAUGUUUACAUGCCGCAAACCAUAAUGAAAAGCUUUGAUGUCAAUUAAAAUGGUCGGAAAACUCCCCUGAAGUGACAUGAUUAAUGGGUCAGCCAGUUCAUUGAGUGACUUAGUGCCACCAACUUGAGCUACAGUAAUGAGUCUGCACAAACAGAACCUGCUCUGCGCUUGUGUGCAGCAGCUGCAGCCCUCUCUGUGGGCUCAACUCUCUCUGCGCAUGCAAAUCUCUCCCUUCUUUCAACAAGUAGCCUCUCCAACAGUCAAUCACAGACAGCUCUGUUUUAUCCAAUCAAAGCAUGUCCAGGAAACACUGCUUUACAGAAAAACACCCAUUUAACAGCUUAUUGAACUGCUUUCUGCUGCUGGUUAGCUACCAGUCACCAUCCACUGCCUGCAAAAUACUUUGUUGUAAUUCAUGUGUCAUGAUUAGGGUGACCAUAUUUGACUUCCAGAAAAGACACAUUGCCUAUUCCUAAAACUGUUAAAUUGCACUCUUUUCAGUUAAAAAGGACUUUUAAUUUCAACAUAUAAAGUGUUUCUUCUCUGUUUGGUUAAGACAUAAAUGAUCCCUUGAUGUGUAAAAGGAAGUGAACAGUGGAAAUGUCCCAGGAAAAGAGGAGGGCUAAUCAACCUAAUUAAAUAUAACUAUAUAAAGUCGUCUUUAUCUGAAAAAAGUGCAAUUUUCCUGGCAGUAUUUCCUGGACAUGCUUUGAUUGCAUAAUGGAGAGCUGUCUGAUUGGCUGAUGGAGAGGCUACAUUGCUUUGUAAAUUGCAAAUUGAGCAACAACAGGGAGAUUUGGCCCGGCAGAGAUGGAGUUGAGCAUGCAGAGAGAGGGCUGCAUAUGACUGCAGAGCAGGUGUUACUCUUGCAGAUUGAUCACUGCACGCUCCAGUUGGUGGCACAAAAUUCACUCCACACUAAAAACCUGAAUCAGAAUAUGGCCGAAUAUGUAUAUUAUUGACCAUUUUUCUAUAUUAUAUAUUUUUUCUAUAAUAUAUAUAUAUAUAUAUAUGAUAUAGUAUAGGUGCAUAUAUGUAUCUAUAAUAUAAUAAACAGCCAGUUUUAUAUAUGUCACAUAUAUUCAAAAGCUUCAUCAAAACUUAUAUUAAAACCUAUAUGUUUAUGACUUCUUUCCAUGUGGGUUGUCAGUUGCUUAAUAUUUCCUGUUUACCUAUGGGAAAGAAAGGAGAUAUUGUACUCGUCUAACUUUAACAUAAAUUUUGGCAGCUUAAUGUGACGUUAUGGAAAAUGCCAUCAUCAUGAGCAACCAAACAUAGGCUAUAUUAGGCUAACAGUUGUCCAUAUUCUGUCCCAUUUAUCCACCAAUGGCUGUUUCAAUUAUUGUGAGUGAAAACUAAAUGGCAUAGUAGCAUUUGACUUGGCAUUAGAAAUUGAAAAAGUUUUUCAAUGUGUUGGCUAGAUGGAUAUACGAAGAUUUUUUAAGAGAGUGAGUGAGGAACAGGAGAGAGACCAGGUGGUUGAUGCUGAGGAGAUCUGCAUGGUCGAGGUCAGUGAUCUACAGUGAAAACAGGGGCGAGUGCACCGUUAUGAGCAUUUACCUGAGCACAAAGUUCCCAAGCAAAAUUGAACAGUUUUCUAUUUAGGAGUGAACAGUUAAGAGAACUUGAGAAAAAAAAACUAUAAUUAUCAUCUGACCUGCAACCUUAUGUCAAGUUGUAUCUGUAUAGUUGACUUUCUGUAUUAUAAGUUCUACUACUUGCUGGAUAUUUUCAUAUAUACUGUUAUUUUGUCUUGUAAUAGUUAAUUACACACUCCUUUAUUCCAUAUCAUAGCAGUGUUAUUCAUAUAUUAAAACUGUCAACUGUACACUCAUUUGGCAGAAUAAAAGUUUGACAAUUAUUCAUUUGUUCUUUAUUGUCACAUUUCAGUAACAUUUAUAAUCAAACAAGUUGUAAUUAAACAAAUUAAAUAAAUGACUACAACAUUUCCCCCUGUUAAGUGCAGUAGACUGAAAUGAAUAGCUUUAUUUGGAAAUAUAACAUAUCUAAUUUUUAAUGGACUUACAUAAAAUCUUUCUUCAACAUAGACCCCACUAAUGAACUGAUUAAGUGUUAUUUUUUAUAAAAAGAAGAGAGGAAAUGCACAAAGAUGGGAAAGGAAAAGAAAGUGAUAAAAUAAUAGGUUUUGUUAAGUGUUCUUCAUAUAAUGAAUUAAUUGACAAAGUUUUUGCAGGGUGUGACAAAAAAUGUUCAAGGUCAAGCUCCUGGGGCUAAGCCCCCCCAUAUAUCAAUCCUAGUGACGUCCAUGCUGGCAUCUUAUUAGCAAAUUUACAUUUAUAAACAUGGAAUUUAGCCAAGAGAAGUAACAAGUUUAUUACAAAAAAGACUUAUACUUUUUGGGAGCACAAAAAAACAGAAUAACACAUUUUGACAUCUUAAAGAAAAAUCCUUAAAAAUAUGCUGAAUAAUAAACCUGCUGAACUCCUUCCAAAACCUUUGUGUGAAAGAGCGGCGCCAAAACAUAAUGAUUAUCAGUUUCUGGAUGACCUCCCCAAAAACUGCAAUUAACAUUAAUUUCUCUUUUAAACUUCACCAUGUAGUGUUUUGCAGGGUAAAUUUUAUGAAGGAUUUUAAAUGACACUUCUUUUACUUUAUUAACAAAUAUUUGUGGCGAAUCAUCCAUAUUGCCUUCCAGUUGAUAUCCGGAACAUGGCGAUUCCAGUAUGAUGUGACAUAUGGUGAAACAGACUGCGUAUUUGUUUAUUGCUGUUACCACGUCCUUGUAAAAAGCAAAAUUUCCCCACUGCUGAUUCAGUUGGACUUGGUAGUGUAAAUUGAGUAGGUUAACUAUGAUAGAAACUAUGUAUCUCUGGUGUAAAAAAAAAAAAGGCGCCUUGCUAUUAAUAAUAAGAAUACGCGGGUGACUCACUUUAGAAGGAAGAGGGUUCCUCAGAGUAGUUGCACCUUUUAUUUUGGUGAUGAUUCCUUAAAGUUUACCUCAUCUUAUAAAUAUUUAGGUUUUGUUUUGGAUGAGAAUAUGAUGUUUCAGGAAGGAAAGAAAUUACUAGCAGAUUCUGCGGGAAGAGCUCUAGGGGGUUUGCUAAGCAAAAUGAAAUCUUGCCCAGAUCUUGGUUUUUCCAUUUUUACACAACUUUAUGAAUCGUUGGUUGACCCAGUUCUAUUUUAUGCUGCAGGAGUUUGGGGUUCCAAAGAAACAUUUGAGUGUAAUUCUGUUCAACACUGAGCAUUAAGAUGCUUUCUGGGUGUGCAUAAAUUUGCAGCAAAGUUAGCUGUGGAGGGGGACGCAGGAUGGGUUCCGUGUAUAGAUAAACAGAGUUGUGAAAUGGUUCGUUUAUGGAACCGUCUUGUUAGUCUUCCAGAGGAAAGGUUAACUAAGAAAAUAUUUAACUGGGAUAAAACAAAUUUUCACCCGUGGUUCAGAGAUAUUUCAGUUAUUUUAGUAAAUUUAGACAUGGGCAUAAUUAUUCAAAAUAACUUAAAAUGUGACAUUACUUGUGUCAGACAGGAGUUGGAUGUAAAAUACAGUGAACAAUGGAAGAAGGAUAUUUGGAAUAAACCAAAACUUAGAAAUCAAGUACAAUUUAAAAGGGAUUAUAAUACAGAAUUAUAUCUCAAACGUAAGUUAACAAGAAGACAAAGAUCUCUCUGUGCUCAAAUAAGAAUGGGCAACCUCCCUUUGGCAGUGGAAGUGGGACGAUUUAAAGGAAAAUCAGUGGUGGACUUUUUAAAGCACCGGAGCGCCAAUGGCGCUAAAGUUUCUUGUCGGGCGGUAAAUACUUGACGACUUACCGCUCGGGUGGCGCCCAAGCCUUGUUUGUCAUUUACACACCAGCUUUCACCUACAUCAUGGCCGCGCCCUGUAGGAAGCCGCCAUUUUCGUUUCGCGCACGUGAACCUGCACGCCUCUAGUCACGCACCUACAAGUGCAGUACGUGCAUGGAUCGUGCACGUACUGCACGCCUCUAGUCACGCACCUACAAGUGCAGUACGUGCAUGAAUCGUGCACGUACUGCACGCCUCUAGUCACGCACCUACAAGUGCAGUACGUGCAUGAAUCGUGCACGUACUGCACGCCUCUAGUCACGCACCUACAAGUGCAGUACGUGCAUGAAUCGUGCACGUACUGCACGCCUCUAGUCACGCGAACUAUAAGGUCACUAUAAAAGACGGAGUGGAACCACACUAGAAACACACAAGCACGCAGGAUGGGAUUUCUUGAUGAAAACCUCCAGCAAAACGCUUUAAACUGAUGAGGAGAAGCGAGACAGUUCGAAAUGGUAUGAAGCACAGAAGCGUGUGCGUAGGCGGAAUGAUUCUUGGCGGUUUAAUGAAGACGGGAGGUGCAGAGGAUGGCUCGAGUACAGCAAAUCGGAGGAGGUGAUGUACUGCGUUGUAUGCCGGAAGUAUGCGACGACAAAAUCGAGUUUUGUUGAGGGAACAAACAAAUUCAAACUUGAAUAUGUUAAAGACCACGAAAAAACAGCGAGCCAAAUGAAGGCAGAAAAGACUUGUCUUGCAAAUGCAGCAACGGUAGGAGAGUCGCCAGCUGCAAAGGCCCUCGUGGGGAUGACGAAAGCACAGCAAGACAAACUGGAAAAGUUGUUUCGUACGGCUCACGCCAUUGCAAAGAAAGGAAGGCCAUACACAGACUUCAGUUGGAUGUGCGAGCAAGUAUUAUUUGCUUAACAAAUUAUCAAAAUACUGGGUUUGUUCUGUUUAACAAUGUGUUUUUGUCCAUUUCAUUGUUUGUUUGAUGGAGAAAAAAAGAACCAGAAAAGAUGCACUGUCUGUAAGUCAUCUUUGAUUUUUUUUUAAAUAAAUCCUGUUUAACUGCCAUCUUCUGUUUCUUCUUUUUUUAAAGAUUUUUAUUAAAGAUUUUCUUCAAAAAAUGUUCCUUUUAAUUAUUUUCACCUUUUCUUCAUUAUUCCAUUUUUUUUAUUUUUCCCCACCUUUUCUUAUUCCAUUUUUUUUUUACUGCCAUCUUUCCAAUGUGAGAGAUAUGUGCAUUAGCACAGUUAAAGACUGUCUGUCAAAAUUGAAUGUAUGAAAUGUAAUUUGCUUUUUCUUUCAGUUUAGAUGAGCAGAAGGGCAUGGAGAUAGGCGAAACGUACCGAACCAGAAAGCACCCCAAAACAUUCAUUGGGUAUAUAGCCCAGGCAGAGAAGCAGAGAGUGCAAGAAGAAUUUGCAGCUGGAAAGUUUCUUUCUCUGAUGUCAGAUGGCUGUGCUGACAGUGCUGUCAUUGAAGAAGAGCUCAUCUAUGGCCGACAAGCAGUUAAAGGACAAAUCUGUGUCCAGUUCCUGGGUAUUGAGGCAGUCACAAAAGCUAAUGCUGAAAACAUCACGUCUGCCAUAACAGCCGGUGUGUGUAAAGGUCUUGGUGUGGAGGAAGGCACCUGGAAGAAGAAACUUGUCGCUGUGUCAACAGACGGGGCUGCAGUCAUGCUUGGAGGAAAGAGUGGCGUGGUGACAAGAUUGACAGCAGACCUGCCCCAUGUGCUGCCCGUUCAUUGUAUGCCCCAUAGACUUGAGCUUAGCUUUAAGGAUGCUGCCUCGAAGAAUCCAUGCCACAAGAAGCUGGAUGCUCUCCUUACUGGACUCUACACAUUCUACCACUGCAGUCCUCUCAAUCGGGCGAACUUGAAGGCCUCGUUCGAAUCCCUGGGAACGAAACCCCUGAUGCCCACCAGAGCGACAGGCACCCACUGGGUAUCACACUUGUUGACGGCCUUGGACCAUUUCUUGCGAGGGUACUCUGCCGUUGUUCAACAUCUGGAACAGGCCUGGUCCCAUGCUACAUUUGUUCGGGAACAACAUGACCUUUAACGGGAGGGAACUCUCAGGCGACAGUCGAUCAUUCCAGUCAUCACACCCAAAUCUCAUUGAUGACCUGGUGGCCAACAUGGAGAACCGAUUUGGGCAUGUGAAAGGAGGGGUACUUCAUGCCACAAACAUGGCAGAUUUUGGGUUCUGGCCUGACAAAGUAAACAUAACAGGUUGGUUUUUUUGUUUCAAUUUAUGA